GAGGAGGAGGAGGAGGAGGCGGCGGAGGACGGAGCCAGCCAGCCGCCGUUGCCGCGCCGGCACCGCCUUGGGGCAUGGCCGUCAAUGUAUAUUCCACUUCUGUGACGAGCGAGAACCUGAGUCGCCAUGACAUGCUCGCGUGGGUCAAUGACUCCCUGCAGCUCAACUACACCAAGAUCGAGCAGCUGUGCUCAGGGGCUGCCUAUUGCCAGUUCAUGGACAUGCUGUUCCCGGGCUGCAUCCACCUAAGGAAGGUGAAGUUUCAGGCCAAGCUGGAGCACGAGUAUAUCCACAACUUCAAGGUGCUGCAGGCUGCCUUCAAGAAAAUGGGCGUGGACAAGAUCAUCUCAGUGGAGAGGUUGGUGAAGGGGAAGUUCCAGGACAACUUUGAGUUCAUUCAGUGGUUUAAGAAAUUCUUUGACGCUAACUAUGAUGGGAAGGAGUACAACCCGCUAUUGGCGAGGCAAGGCCAGGAGGUGGCGCCUUCUCCAAACCCAGGUGAUCACAUCUUCAACAAACUCAAGAAACCCAUUGGCACUGCAGUCCCACAGCGAACCUCCCCCACAGGCCCCAAGAACUUGCAGAAUCCGGCCCGGCUCAACGUCGCUCCCAGCAAUAUUGUACGGAAAAACCCUCCCUUGGCCCGGAAUGGGGGCAGCGAAGCAGAUGCCCAGAUCCUGGAGCUUAACCAGCAGUUGGUGGACCUGAAGCUGACGGUGGACGGGCUGGAGAAGGAGCGCGACUUCUACUUCAGCAAACUGCGGGACAUUGAGCUGAUCUGCCAGGAGCACGAGAGCGAGAACAGCCCCAUCAUCUCUGGCAUCAUCGGCAUCCUGUAUGCCACGGAGGAAGGCUUUGCCCCCCCGGAGGACGAGGAGCUGGACGAGCAGCACCCGGAGGACCAGGAUGAAUACUAGCUGGGCUGCACCCGCCCUUGUGCGCUUGCUCGCUGCCCCACCAUGACCGACCGACCGACCGACCGCCCCACACUCCUCACAGGCCAUGGACAUUUACGGUUUUGCAUUGUACAGCCUCGUCCUGCACAGUCACACAUUAUAACAGGUUUCUACCGA